CGCCGUGGUGGAGCGCGCGUGCGCCGCCACCGCCAGCGCGGCUCUGGGCAUCGGCGGCCUCGCCAUGUCCGCUUCUUCCUCCUCCUCCCCCACCCCGGCCGCGCUGCGGCCGGCCACUCACCUCAUCUUUGACAUGGACGGCCUGCUGCUGGAUACUGAACGUCUUUAUACGGUAGUGUUCCAAGAAAUCUGCGGGCGUUUUGGGAAGAGUUAUACCUGGGAUGUGAAAUCCUUAGUCAUGGGUAAAAAAGCCCUAGAAGGGGCACAGAUUAUUCGAGAUGUUCUAGAUCUUCCAAUAACCAAAGAAGAAUUAUUACAUGAAAGUAAAAUGAAGCAGGAGAGAAUAUUCCAUACUGCUGAACUGAUGCCAGGGGUUGAUAAGCUAAUCCGUCAUUUACACAAACACAGGAUACCCAUUGCUGUUGCCACUAGCUCAGCUGAAGUGACAUUUCAGAUGAAAACAACCAGACACAAAGACUUCUUUGGUCUUUUUCAUCAUAUUGUGUUGGGAGAUGACCCUGAGGUGAAGCAUGGCAAGCCACAGCCUGAUGCAUUUCUAGUUUGUGCAAAGAGAUUUGACCCUCCUGCACCUCCAGAGAAGUGUCUUGUGUUUGAAGAUUCACCACUUGGAGUCAAAGGAGCACUGGCAGCAGGAAUGCAAGUGGUUAUGAUUCCGGAUGAAAAUUUAAAUCCAGAUCUUAAAAAGGAAGCAACUCUCUUGCUGAACUCCAUGGAGGACUUCAAACCAGAACUGUUUGGUUUACCAGCGUAUGAUUAAUACCUAAAGUCUAUGAACAUGCAAUGACUGGAAAUUAGGAAAAUGGAAUGAAAUCUUGUUAAGAUUUUAUUAUUGUUUUGCACCUAUCCUGCCAGUCCUCAAAACUAGAUAACAGAAAUCCUAUUAACACUGAGUCUUCCGCACGACUGUUAAAGUUGAUUGGAACAUUUAUCAUUUGUCCUCCAUGAUGAAUGCUAAAUUAAAGCAACAUUUUGACUUGUGAAGUGAAUCCAACUUUGUUCUAUGCAUGUCAUAAUGUUUUCUGGGAAUGCUAUGAAACUAUUUAAACAACUUAUUAAAACUGCACUUGAAACUUCCUGUUCUGUUUCUACUUGAAUGACUUGUUUAGCUCUUAACCAGAAAUCUGUUCUGAGUUGGCUGUUGUCCCAUUACAUAGUUUUUGAUCCAGUUAUUGCUAUCAACAUGUUUAUCCUUUUCCUUUUACUAUACUUGCCCUCUUGCCCUUAGACACUUUUUUUGCAAUUUGUUGUUGUUGUACUUCCUGUGUUUUCUUGUUUCAUUUUCUUGUUGGGAGUUGAAUGAGAUGACUUCCAGAGACCCCUUAAAACCUACAUUAUUCUGUAAUUCUGUCGUUAUCUUUUCUGACAUGGUGAAUGCCUGCAAGGAACUAUACAAAAUUAUGCGAUCCUGCACUUUAACCAAAGUGUUUUGCAUUCUUUGCUCUCUUUAUAUUCUUUUUUUCCAUUUUGCCAUGUUGCCUUUUAUUCCUGUGAAAUGAAUCCAUCUUGUCUCCCUGUUUUCAUUCUGAUGAAGCUUCUGGUAAAGCUUUAACUUCCUGACAUUCAAGUUCCUUUUCUGGAUCAUCCCUAAUAUUCCAUUCUUAACACUUUCUCAAGCCUUUUUUUGUGCAGAGUUCCCUGUAGAUGGUUUUGCUGUCUGUUUUUAGCAAAAGUAGUUUAUUUAAGUGCCUUAAAUUUAUUUUGCCCAGUUACCAUAAUUUUCACAAAAAUUUUAUCUUGUGUCAUUUCCUUCUCACUUCUGUCUGUUUCUGGCAGCUCAUCAGGACAAGGAUGAGGGUCUUUUUCGGAAAUACUAGACGUGUUGAUAAGUUUCGGUGGAAUCCACAUAUAUAUGUAUAUAUAUAUAUAUAUGUAUAUGUACUGUAUGGUGGAAAUUUUUUUUUUUUUUUUUUUUGUCACUUGGAUAUCCUUGACUAUUUCACCUCAAUCCUUAGCUCUAUAAAAGCUAUACUGUGCAGAGUUCAUGACAGUUUUAUGAAAUUAAUGGCAUUUAAAAACUAAAUUUCUAAGUGAGUGGCUACAAGUUACACCAAAAUUGCAUUAAAAUAUUUACCUCCAUAAUGAGUAUGAUAUUAUGUCAAAUAAGGGAUUUUCUAUUUAUUAUAAAAAGACUUCUUUAAACUCAUUGUAUGUUUUUAAUAUUGUGUGUUUAUCUGUGGUCAUUCUCACAAAAGAUAAAUUAUGUAUGAGAAGGGUCAAGUGGCUGGUACCCAUACUUUUUAAGAUUGAGCUCCUGUAACAUAUCACAUAACUCCAUUAAUUCUUUAUUUUCUGGAUAAAAUCUUUCUCAGGCAUUUCUGGUGUUUACUGUUUUGGAUGGAAGGUUGUUUUGAUCAAGAACAAAAAUAAAUGAAUCUUCAAUACCUCAA